UUUUAUCAAUGAGAUGUACUAUAUCAGUAAGUGUGUGAGUUCUAUCUAAUACCUGCACAUAAAAAUAAUGUGGAAUAUGCAGGUUGAUCUAUCAGUCUGGUGCCUUUUAGCCAUAUUUACUCUCACCUACAUAUAUUGGCAUUAUACAAAGCAACGAAAACUUCCCAAAGGACCAUUCCCAUGGCCUUUUAUUGGAAAUGUAAAUAUCUUUAUACCGACAAAGGACGAUAAUGCAGGAAGCAAACGACUGUGGCAACUCUCGAGAAAAUUAAAAAGUGAUAUUAUUAGUUUGAAAUUUUGGGGCAAACAGGCUAUUGUACUCAACAAAUAUGCUGAUAUAAAGCGUGCAUAUACAGAUGAGCAUUUCCAGCAUAGAACAGAUGUGUUCUUUACAACUGAAGUAGCUCCCGCAAUUACAGGCAAAGAGGGGCCUAUUUGGAAAGAACACAAGCAAUUUUUUCUGAAAUUUCUACAUAAAUUAGAUGCAGCUGGUAAAUUGGAGUAUAUCAUACACACAGAACUUGAAAAAUUAAUAGAACAUAUCAAAAAACAGAAUGGUAAAGCAAUAGAUCCAUGUAAACCCAUUACAUACGCAUGUGGAAAUGUCAUUGGCCAGAUUCUGUUAGGCCAAAGUUGGGAGUAUGACAAUCCAAAAUUUCACUACUUAAUGGAGAAUACACACAACAUGAUUUCAAAUGCACAGUUUGUUAUAGGAUGGGGGCUUCUUCCUAUAACACGGCUGGUUCCAGGGGAUUACUUUCGAUUUAAGCGAGUCAAAGAUGCAGUAAAUGCAGUUAAUCAUGUCUUUAGAGAUAGGUAUGAGGAAGUUUUAACAAAAUGGCAACAUGGGGACGACAGCUGCUAUUUGGAAAGAUUUAUAGAGACUAUGAAAUCAAAUGCCAAAUCUGAUUUGGAAUACACAGAAGAGAGGCUCCUAAAGAAUAUGAAUGACUUCAUGGUUCCUGCAGCAACACUGAUUUCAGCUAUAUUAAGAUGGUGCAUAAUAUGUAUGAUCUACCACCCUGACAUCCAGAAAAAGGUCAGAGCUGAGAUCCAUGCGAAUAUCCCGAUAGAUCAACUUCCUUGCUUAACUGAUAGACCAAAGUUGCCGUACACAGAUGCUGUUUUAACUGAGAUCAUGAGAACCAACAUUGUACAGCCAAUAUCUACAAUACAAUGUUCCGCAAAUCAUGUUACCAAUUGCAAG